UGCCUGGGUUUGUGCUGACUUAAUUACAAAGCUGCAGUGAGUUGAUGCCUUGUGACGGUCUAAUCCCAACCCGGUGACUCUACAAAGCUUUCGCCCGGCUAUCUUGCUGCUCCACUCCAGCCUUGCCGUCCGUGCGUCCAUCUCGGCCCCGUGCACUGACCCUCUGCGGACGGUUCAGCUUUUCCUCUCCUUGUGUCCUGCAGCCAACAGAGGACAGAGGACGACAUGUCUACAGUUACGGGCACCUUCCGCAUCGUCUCGGAGGAGGAGCAGGCCCUGCGCACCAAGCUGGAGCGCCUCACCACCAAGGACCAUGGCCCUGUCUUCGGGAGGUGUGAGAAGAUCCCCCCGCACACCCUGCAGAAGGCGAAGGAUGAGCUGAACGAGACGGAGGAGCAGAGGGAGGUGGCGGUGAAGGCGCUGCGGGACCUGGUGCAGGAGCGGGCGGGCGGCGAGGAGGUGUGCAAGGCGGUGGCCGAGAAAGUGCAGGGGAAGGACGACUCCUUCUUCCUCCGCUUCAUUCGCGCCCGCAAGUUCGACGUCCACAGGGCCUAUGACCUGCUGAAAGGCUACGUGAACUUCCGCCAGCAGUAUCCUGAGCUCUUCGACAACCUGACCCCCGAGGCCGUGCGCAGCACCAUCGAAGCUGGCUACCCCGGCAUCCUGGCUAGCAGAGACAAGUAUGGCCGGGUUGUGAUGCUCUUCAACAUUGAGAACUGGGAUUACGAAGAGAUCACCUUCGAUGAGAUCCUUCGUGCCUAUUGUGUUAUCUUGGAGAAGCUGCUGGAAAAUGAAGAGACCCAGAUCAAUGGUUUCUGCAUCAUUGAGAACUUCAAGGGCUUCACCAUGCAGCAGGCAUCAGGGAUCAAACCCUCUGAGCUCAAGAAGAUGGUGGACAUGCUGCAGGACUCCUUCCCAGCACGGUUCAAGGCCGUCCACUUCAUCCACCAGCCUUGGUACUUCACCACCACCUACAACGUGGUCAAACCUUUCCUGAAGAGCAAACUGCUGGAGAGGGUCUUUGUGCACGGGGAGGAGCUGGAGUCCUUCUACCAGGAGAUCGACAUUGACAUCUUACCAGCAGACUUUGGUGGCACCCUGCCCAAGUACGACGGCAAAGCAACUGCAGAGAAGCUCUUUGGGCCCCGCAUUGAGGCUGAAGACACAGCACUCUAAACUGGGAUCCGCUUCCCCUCCCCUGUAAAAUAGGAUCAGAGGUGGCCCUCUAACCCCAACCACCUCCUUAUUGUAGCAUUGAUUGAAUGACUGCUCGUGAUGAAGCGCUCUGGGCACGUUGCUCCAUGCCUGUCCCUCCCCUCCCCAAACCUGGCAGCGGGCUGCCUGGCAGCCCUGUCCCUCCCUGGCAGAGCAUCUUUCCCUUGGGAGCCAGCAGGAAAAGGAGGCCACCAGCCCUCUCCCACAGCACACCCUGAAGCUGCAGUGGGACGACAAGGAGAGCAUCUGCUCUGGGAAGGGAGGGCUACAGCGAGGGAGAAAAAAAGUGUUUAACAGCAGAGCUCUGGGGUCCCUUGGGGCAAGUGGCCAGGAACAGGGGUGCAGCUUUUUGGGCCCAGUUGCUGGCUGCACUGCUUGUUCUAAGGAGGCCAGGAGUGCCAGUGCUGUCCCCCCAUCAUUGACUGCCCUUUGGCACAGGGGCCAAGGAACUGGCCACCUCGAUCAUACCUGCAUCCCUGAACGAGCUCCCCCAUGGCUGGGCAAGGACCCCCAAUUGUCAGUCAUCUGCUCUAACCAGAAAAGAGAAAACAGCCCAAAAGAUGCAAACAGGGCCCAGCUGGCUCUGCCUAAUACCUGCUCAGCCAGGCGGGCAGGGAGGAGGAACAGAGGCUGCAGCAGCCACUAAGACUAGGAGACAGAUUUUAACUGCAGGACAGUGAAAGACAAGCAGAACAUACCCUCCUAAAUCCUUCAAAAGCCUCAGCACAGCUGUUUCUCCUAGCACUGCAUCACGAGAGGGAGCUCAGUCAGGGAAGCCCCACCAAAAGCUACCACACAGGGCAGAGGAGGGUCCUCGCCCAGCAAACAGAGCUGUGCCUGAUGCUAAUGGUGAUCAGCCCUUGCUAACAUGGAGUCAGCGGGACCAGGAUGGGGAGGAGGGAGGCAGAAGUAGCUGCGUCCCAGGCAAAGCAGUCUGUUCCAGUUCACAAACCAGGGAUCUCCUCCAAGGAGCUGAUCAGAUACCCGUUUCCAGACCAUCUUCUCCUCCCUUGGCCAGCAGUAGAGCUUGGAGAGGAGCAAGUUGCUGGUCUCUGCCCAGGUUACCUUCUUGUCUGUUAACCUGGUCCUGCAGCAUGCCCUGUCCCUGCUCCCUCCCUCUCAGCCCCGCAGCUACACACGGGUGCCUUUCAUCAGCCAGAAGACCAGACCCCCACCCGAAGCUGGCUGAGGUGGAGGGUGCUGACAAGAGCCACAUUCAUCAGGGCACUGGCUCAGGCUCAAACCAAACAGGAUGUCGGCUCUGAAGCUGCAGGGAGGAUGGGGCCUGUCUGGGCAGAGGCGACUGGGGUUAAAUCUGUUUUCUCCAGCCUCACCAGCAUGGCUAGUCCAUGCGUGGCGAGUCCCAGCCUGAGGCUGUGCCAACCUUGUGCGAGAGCCCAGAGGGAGAGCGAAAAGUACCUCUCCGCUGUGUUUGGCUCCUUACUGUGCAGCACUCUCCACAGGGCCAGGAAGCAUCUGGAGGCAUCUGAAGGAAACCACACGUGACAACCCUACAACCAUCAGGCCAGUGCAAAAACAACAGCACAGCUUGCUUGGGACACAGAGCAAUUGCAGCUCACUUGUAAAAAUAGAAGACUACAAAAAAAACCCAACCAAACAAAAAAACCCCCCACACACAGAGGGAGCACCACACUGCUGCCUCUGGGAUUUGGACUGGGACAGGCACAGCUCCUGGGAGGUCCCUGUGGCAGCUCACCACUGCUGGGACAAAUUGUCAGCCAGUAGCUUACAAUGAUGGGGAGAUGGAGAACAGCAGAGCAAACCAAGCAGGGAGCAUGAUCCAUGCCAGCCUCAGCUUCCCCCCAGAGUGACUCUGACCAAGCCAGGAAGGAGUUUUGAAGUAGAUCUAACAGCUAAAUCACAAUGGCCAAUAAACUAGAGAUGGAGCCCAAAA